GUUGUCAGAAAAUGAGAGUGUGUGUUUCAGGAGCAAGCAUUCUCUUGCUCAAAGACUGAACUUGGUGGCUUUUGGAGGUGGUCCUCCACUUGGGCUCUAAUGGCGGCCUCCUCCUCCAAUUCUGGUGGGAAUCAUGUAGAUUGGUUACAUUCUUGAAGCUUUCUGAGUUUAAUCUGGGGAGGCUUAUCUUGUAUUCCUGUUUCAAAUUUGACCAUCUAGUCUUUUGGUGCUUGCUAAAGAAAUACCCUACUGGAUUGAAACAUAGUGCUUGACCUUAUUUGAUUUGCUUAUAUCUGGGGUACAUAAAACUUUUUGACUGAGAUUUUGUUUUUUCACCCAAGAUAAGAAUGAAACUGGGAUCCAAGAAAGCAUGGAAAUCGGUGGUUCCCCGUCGUUUGAGAGGCAAAUCAGCAGCCCGGUUCUGCUUCCUUCCCAAGGCAAAGUCAGUUGACUAUGGUCCAGGCUGUGCACCAGUUUAUCUCAAUGUGUAUGAUCUGACCCCAAUGAAUGGAUAUGUUUACUGGGCUGGACUUGGCAUCUUUCAUUCUGGUGUAGAGGUUCAUGGUGUAGAAUAUGCAUUUGGAGCCCAUGACUAUCCAAGCAGUGGUGUUUUUGAGGUCGAACCUCGGCAGUGCCCUGGCUUCAAGUUUAGAAAAUCGAUAUUCAUUGGGACCACCUCCUUAGACCCUACUCAGGUUAGGGAGUUCAUGGAAAACCAUGCCGCAAGCUACAAUGGUGAUUCAUAUCACUUGAUUUUUAAGAAUUGCAACCACUUCUGCAAGGAUGUUUGUUACAAGCUGACGGGGAAACUGAUUCCAAAAUGGGUCAAUCGGCUUGCGAAAAUAGGUUCUGCCUGCAACUGCUUACUUCCCGAAACCCUUAAGAUCGCUGCGGUACGUCAUGAACCUAACUGCCAACCAUGCGAAAGUGAGAAGCGGAGGUUAACAAACAACUUCAGUUGCCUGUCUUCGAUAUCAAUGAGGCAGAAGCAGUUAUCCACAUCCUCGUUAUUCCUCCGUUCUCCCUUGAGAGGCUGUCUACCGCCUUGGGAACUCAAAAGGUCUAACAAUGGCUCCCUGAAGGAAAGGUGAGAAAAUGCCAGAGUGAAACUGCAUCCCAAUGGCUUCUCACAUUUGCUUAUGCUGUGCUGGUUAGAAAAGAAGCUCGUUGCCAAUUGUAAGACGUGUGUGAAACCCCUAAUUCUCCGCAGAAGGCAUUCAUGUGAACUGAGAGAGAGUAAUCUGUAUACAGUUAGGGACUUUAUGUAUGAGUGGUGUGCUUGUUCCCUAGGUUUUCUGU